AUGCCAAGUGAGGUAGAAUUCAAGAGUUCAGUGGAGUUCAAUAGUUCGGCAGAGUUCAAGAGUUCGGCAGAGUUCAAAAGUUCGGCAGAGUUCAAGAGUUCGACAGAGUUCAAUAGUUCGGCAGAGUUCAAUAGUUCGGCAGAGUUCAAGAGUUCGGCAGAGUUCAAGAGUUCGGCAGAGUUCAAGAGUUCGGCAGAGUUCAAUAGUUCGGCAGAGUUCAAUAGUUCGGCAGAGUUCAAGAGUUCGGCAGAGUUCAAGAGUUCGGCAGAGUUCAAGAGUUCGGCAGAGUUCAAUAGUUCGGCAGAGUUCAAGAGUUCGGCAGAGUUCAAGAGUUCGGCAGAGUUCAAGAGUUCGGCAGAGUUCAAGAGUUCGGCAGAGUUCAAGAGUUCGGCAGAGUUCAAGAGUUCGGCAGAGUUCAAGAGUUCGGCAGAGUUCAAGAGUUCGGCAGAGUUCAAGAGUUCGGCAGAGUUCAAGAGUUCGGCAGAGUUCAAGAGUUCGGCAGAGUUCAAGAGUUCGGCAGAGUUCAAGAGUUCGGCAGAGUUCAAGAGUUCGGCAGAGUUCAAGAGUUCGGCAGAGUUCAAGAGUUCGGCAGAGUUCAAGAGUUCGGCAGAGUUCAAGAGUUCGGCAGAGUUCAAGAGUUCGGCAGAGUUCAAGAGUUCGGCAGAGUUCAAGAGUUCGGCAGAGUUCAAGAGUUCGGCAGAGUUCAAGAGUUCGGCAGAGUUCAAGAGUUCGGCAGAGUUCAAGAGCUCGGCAGAGUUCAAGAGCUCGGCAGAGUUCAAGAGUUCGGCGGAGUUCAAGAGUUCCAGCAUCAGCCAAAAGGAGCUUUGGACGGAUGAGCUUACAGCAAAUAGUAUUUAA